UCACGUGUGCCGCCGCGGUCACGUGCUGGGGCUCCCGGUGUCCCGGUGCCGGCCAUGCUGCGCCUCGCUCCCUUCGCCGCCGCCGCCCGGUGCCUGCCGACGGGGCCCCGCCUCGGGCCGCUGGGCCUCACUGGGAGCCGCGGCAGCUUCGCCCGGUUCUUGCUGCCGGCCGGUGACCGCGGCCCCCUGUCCCGGCAGGUCCGGUUGGCGGCGGGCGGCGAGCGGGUGCCGGUGCUGAAGACGCCCAAGGGCACCCGCGACCACGCACCGGCGCAGGCGGCGCUCCGUGAGCGGCUCCUGAGCGCCGUGGUGUCCUGCUUCAAGCGGCACGGCGCGGCCGCCAUCGACACCCCCGUGCUGGAGCUGCGGGAGAUGCUGGUGGGGAAGUAUGGGGAGGGCUCGAAGCUCAUCUACGAGCUGCAGGACCAAGGAGGAGAGCUGCUGGCUCUGCGCUAUGACCUCACCGUGCCCUUUGCUCGCUACCUGGCCAUGAACAAGAUCACCAACAUGAAGCGCUACCACGUUGCCAAGGUGUACAGGAGGGACAACCCUGCCACAACCCGGGGCCGCUACCGCGAGUUCUACCAGUGCGACUUUGACAUUGCUGGGCAGUUUGACUCGAUGAUUCCUGAUGCCGAGUGCCUGAAGAUCAUUCACGAGAUCCUGAGUGAUCUGCAGCUUGGGGACUUUAUCAUCAAGGUCAACGACCGUCGGAUUUUGAAUGGUGUGUUUGCUGUCUGUGGUGUUCCAGAGAGCAAGUUCAUACCUGCCUGCUCCACCGUGGACAAGCUGGACAAGAUGCCAUGGGAAGAAGUGAGGAGUGAGAUGGUGGGAGAGAGGGGGAUGUCUCCUGAGGCUGCAGAUCGCAUCGGGGAGUAUGUCCAGCUCCAUGGUGGGCUGGACCUGAUCGAGCGGCUUCUCCAGGACCCAAAGCUAUCCCAGAACAAGCUGGCCAGGGAAGGGCUGGGGGACAUGAAGCUGCUGUUUGAGUACCUGACCCUGUUUGGCAUCACAGGCAAGAUCUCCUUCGACCUGAGCCUGGCGCGGGGCCUGGACUAUUACACAGGGGUGAUCUUUGAGGCUGUGCUGCUGCAGCAGGACAACGAGCACGGGGAGGAGCCGGUCGGCGUUGGGAGCGUGGCUGGAGGCGGCCGCUACGACGGGCUGGUGGGGAUGUUUGAUCCCAAGGGCAGGAAGGUGCCCUGUGUGGGGGUCAGCAUUGGCAUCGAGCGGAUCUUCUCCAUCCUGGAACAGAGACUGGAGGCUUCUGGAGAGAAACUUCGAACAACUGAGACCCAAGUGCUGGUGGCUACACCGCAGAAACACCUGCUUGCUGCCAGACUGAAGCUCAUCUCUGAGCUGUGGGAUGCAGGGAUCAAGGCAGAGAUGCUGUACAAGAAGGAUCCUAAAUUGCUGAAGCAGCUGCAGUACUGUGAGGACACAGGGAUCCCCCUUGCUGCCAUUGUGGGAGAGCAGGAGCUGGCAGACGGAGUUGUCAAGCUGCGAGAUGUUGCAACAAGACAGGACGUUGAUAUCCCUAGAGAAAAGCUUAUUGAUGAGAUCAGGAGAAGGCUGGAGCCCUGAGGACUUCUCUGGCUGGAGCUGCUUGGCUGAACUGCUGCAAAACUGGAACCCGCCUCCAGCACCUCAGCCAUUCACUGCCAGCUGCAGUCUGGGAAACAUCCACCAGCCUAGGGCUCAUUGCCUCGGCUAAGGCAGUGCGAACAGAGGAGUAAGAGGGAUUUGAAAGCUAUGGAGGGUGCAGUCACCAGGUUAGCCUUGUGGUUAGCUUGUCUGAAGGUCGAGUUUGCGAGUUCCUGCAGUCCUUGUACCUGUACAGCCAUUUCCAUCACUGUAGCUGGUGGUGGCACAGAUGGAUGUGGCGCGGCUCAACAGGAUCAGGCGGAACUCCAGAUUUGGGAGGGGGAAUCAGUGGUGUGUUGGGCAGCUGCCAGCUGAGGACGUGGGGCGAGGGGGGCGGUGGAACGGCACCCCCGCCCUGUUUGGGCUGCGGGGCCGCUCCCAACCGCAGGCGGAGCUGCGGGAGCGCCCCGGAGGAAGCACGUGUCCCAUCACCGAGGGACACAACGAGCGGCGGGAGCAGCUGCGCAGGCUGGGGCGCGCGUGGAGUAGCUGUAUUUUUAUAUAUUAAACAAAACCCCCAAUAAUAAACCCCAAAAGUAAACCCAAA